CCUCCUCUGUUCUCCCUCUGAGAAUGGAGAGGAGGAAUGUGUCAUGGGCCGGUGUAUGUAGGCCAGUGAUAUGUCUGUGCCUCUCUCUGUUUGGCUUAAAAAGUUCAAGUCAUUAUUCUCCUCCCGCUGCUAUUCAGCCGGCGUCCUGUUAGCUCAUUGUUAUUCUGGCCGAGUGAGAGAGACCGAGAGAGAGAGAGCAUGGAGGCUGAGAGAGCGAGGAGAGGGUGAGAGUGUGAGAGAGCAGGACAGAGAGGUGCGUGUGAAAAGGGGUGGAGGGGCUGAGAUUUAGUGCUGUGGUGGAUGAAACAACCCCCCACUAACUGACCCAGAGGGAAAGCAGCCUGGAGAGGGGGUGCCGGACUGUCCACUAAACACUCAAAGGAGGCUUUUAUCCUUCCCAACAAUGAGAACACAAAAGGGUGUUGCUGUCAGAUGUAAAUCUUAGCGCCCUGGACAACACAAACAGAAAAGACUGACGUACUUAGUGGCAAAACACAAGAAAGACAAAACAUGUCUCGAACAGAAGAGGUCAACAAGAUGACAGAAAAUGUCUAUAAGGGGAUUCUGGACCAGUUCAAUCCCAGCCUGAAGAACUUUGUGACUAUGGGAAAAAACUACGAGAAAGCCCUGACAGGAGUGACGGUGGCUGCUAAGGGGUACUUCGAUGCUCUGGUGAAACUUGGAGAACUGGCAAGCGAUAGCCAAGGUUCUAAAGAACUGGGAGACACACUGUUUCAGAUGGCUGAAGUCCACAGACAGAUUCAGGUGCAGCUGGAAGAUGUGUUAAAGCUGUUUCAUUCCGAGCUGCUAGCCCAGUUGGAGCAGAAGCUGGAGUUGGACAUCAAAUAUCUCACUGCCACCCUGAAGAAGUACCAGAGUGAGCGGAGGUCGAAAUCUGAGUCUAUAGAGCGUUGCCAGUCGCAGCUGAAGAAACUGCGCAGGAAGAGCCAAGGUAGCCGUCAUCCUAACAAGUAUGGAGACAGAGAGAUGCAGUUUGUGGAACUGAUGAGUCGCCGCCAAGGCGAGCUGGAUGUGCUCGUUGCUACGGGUUACAGGUCAGCGCUGACUGAGGAGAGGAGACGAUAUUGCUUCCUGGUGGACAGACAGUGCUGUGUCACCAAACUUCUGAUCAACUACCACUGCAAGGUGAGAGAGCUUCUGUCACAGAAACUGUCAUCUUGGCAGCAGUCGUGUUCACAGCCAACGAAGCUGCCAGAGCGAGCUCUCAAUCUGCUGCGUCACACUGCGCCUCAAGGCUCAGGGGCUGCUGGGAUAGCCGAGGUCCUCCGCCACACUAAGCUUGGCUCUGCUCAGCCAGAACAAAGGCUUUCUGUUCAAGAAGUCCCUCCUCUGUUGAAUGGUGAUUCUACUCGCUCUCAACAACAGCGCCUCCUCCCCUCUUCCUCCUCCUCCCAGAGUGACACCUGUCCACCACAAAACUCCACCCAGACUUUCCAUCCACCGUCCACUACUGGUGGAGCUACUAGAGGCUCAUCACGAGGAUCAUCUCCCCAGCACACCAGCACACCUCUCAGUCCGUCAGCCAGCCCCCUCUCUGACAGCAGCACCAGCGGGAGCACAACUCCAAAUACAACAGCACAAACCACCUCCAGCAACUCCACCCAGCCAAGCUCUCUCCUGCUGGCCACCAAUACGUCCAACCUCUCACCCAGCCUCAUCCCCUCCACAGUCAUGUCUCUAAGCCAGGUGUCUCCAGCCAGUAGCUCCUCACAGGGCAUGACUCUUGCCAUAACUCAGAGUGCUCCUCACAGUCCCCCGCUGUCCCACAGCGCUCCUCUCUCCAGGGCCAUGACUCCUGUGCAGCUACUGCACCAACAAGUAGGACCAGGUGGGAGCAGUACUUCUCCACCCUCACAUAAUCCUUGGCUGAUGAAGGCAGCCGACAUGUGUGCAACAGCAACACUUCCAUUGCCGAGGAGACCUGUCAAUGAAGUGAGACUGGGUGGUUUCCAAGGCUCCACUCUCCCUAGAAUGCUGACUUUAUCAGCACCAACACACGUGGAAGCCGUGUUUGCACACACUCCUGGAGGAUUAGCGGGCGGAGUAGGGGGGGGAGCCUGCUUGUUGCAUUUCUUGCCUGGUGACAGCAUCACCUUGCUAAUCUCUGAACCCAGAGACGGGUGGCAUUAUGGUCAAAAUGAGCGAACUGGGCGGAAAGGCUGGUUUCCUUUUUCCUACACUCAGCCACACCACAGUAAGAUGGAAACCAUUGAGAGCCCGCUGUUCUUAUCUAAAGCUAACAGCACCAGCACCGGACAGCUCGAUAUACUCGGGUCUCCAAGUCGACCUGACGUGACACCCGAAUCAGAAGACAGACGCUCUUUUCCUCCGCAGAGAGUCAGCACCUUCCGUCCACGGCCGUACAGCAUGGCCGACACCAGUAAGAUCUCAUCUGAAUUUUCUGCUGCACCACCGUCUCCAACCAGGCCCAAUCCGUUUGCCCACAUCAAACUCCGAAAAACUGUCACCAACGAUCGCUCUGCUCCCAUCAUUGAGUAACUUUUGGAUUGUCACACUUGUUUUCUGUUAAACCAUCCAGCCUCAGGUGGAAUUCUGGAAUCAGCAUUGUGGUUUGCUUUGAUUGUUUGGAAUAGAACCUUUCUACAGUUUGAUUAAAAACAAUAGAGUAAAUCAAAUUAUCAACAGUCAAAAUUAAAGGCUGAGCUGAGUUUAGCUGUUCUUGUUUAAUAAUUUGAGACUUUGUGUAACAGUUAAUCAUUAAAUAAAUAUAAAAUAAACAUUUAAUAGAAGAAAUUUAGAUAUA